AUGAUCCGGACUUUUUGUGGAGCGACUGUGAAGGCUGUCGGGACCGCGAGGCCCAUAAAGGAGGUCAGACGGCUACACAGCUCGUAUGACGUGGCGGUGGUGGGGGGGGGCAUCGUGGGUCUGGCCACCGUCAGAGAGCUGAUCCUGAGACACCCGACGCUCAGCUUCAUCCUGCUGGAGAAGGAGAAGGAGCUCGCGGUGCAUCAGAGCGGUCACAACAGCGGAGUGAUCCACAGCGGGAUCUACUACACCCCCGGCUCUCUGAAGGCCCGGCUGUGUGUGCGCGGCGCCACGUUAGCUUACGAGUACUGCGACAAGAAGGGACUGCCCUACAAGAAAUGUGGAAAGCUGAUCGUGGCCACGGAGCAGGAGGAGAUCCCCCGGCUGCAGGCUCUGUACGAGCGCGGCAUGAAGAACAACGUGAGAGACCUGAGCAUCGUCAACGCUGAGGGCAUCCGCGAGAGAGAGCCGUACUGCAGGGGCAUCAUGGCUCUGGACUCUCCGUACACCGGCAUCGUGGACUGGAGGAUGGUGGCUCUCCGGUACGGGCAGGACUUUGAGGAGGCGGGGGGGACGGUGGUGACGGAGUCCGAGGUCAACGACAUCUGCUCGGCGACGGAGAGCCAGACCGGGAGCACAGAGGGUAUGAAAUACCCUAUUGCAAUCAGAGAUAAAAAGGGCAGGGAGGUGCGGUGCCGCUUCGUUCUGACCUGCGGGGGUCUCCACUCGGACCGCCUCUCUCAGAUCUCAGGCUGCAGCAGAGAGCCGAGGAUCGUUCCCUUCAGAGGAGACUACCUGGUGCUGAAGCCCGAGAAACACUACCUGGUGAAGGGCAACAUCUACCCCGUCCCUGACCCCCGGUUUCCCUUCCUUGGAGUCCACUUCACUCCGAGGAUGGACGGGAGUGUUUGGCUCGGUCCGAACGCCGUGCUGGCCUUCAAGAGGGAGGGCUACAAAGUUUACGACUUCAACGCCCGGGACUUUGCAGACGCUCUCUCGUUCAGGGGUCUUCAGAGGCUGGUGAUGAAGAACAUGGUGUACGGGAUGGGAGAAAUGUAUCGAGGGAUUUUCAUUGGUGCACAGGUCAAAAUCCUGCAGAAGUACAUCCCCGAACUCUCGCGGAGUGACGUGCUCAGGGGUCCUGCAGGGGUCCGGGCUCAGGCUCUGGACCGAGACGGGAACCUAGUGGACGACUUCGUGUUUGACGGCGGCGUCGGGGAGGUGGGCAGCCGUGUUCUCCACGUGAGAAACGCUCCGUCACCCGCCGCCACCUCGUCACUCGCCAUCGCUGAGAUGGUGGCCGACGAGGUGGAGAAACGCUUUGAUCUGUAGAGCAAGAUCACAGAAUGAAGAAGAGAAAACCAAAAAUCAUCCUUAUCUUGACAGAGUGAAAAUAUUUGUUAUCCAACUGUC